AUGUACUCAGGCGCUCUAUUGAACAACUGGGGGGUGUAUCACGUUAGGGCCAGCACGCUCCUCGACACCGCCAAAACGGCCGAAGCUAAACUCGAGCACGCGCUGCUCGUGCUCUGGGACGACCUGCCACACUGGCGACGCGACAACCCAUCCAUCCUAACAGGGUACCGGGCGACGUCGCACAGCGUGGCGCGGUCGCUGGCCAGCCUGCUGUACCUGCACAACGAGAGCGUCAACAUCUGGACGCACCUGGUCGGCGCGGCGGCCUUCGCGGCGGCGGGGCUGGGGCUGUACCUGUGGUGGGCGUGGGGCCUGGUCGGCCCGCGGUACGCGUCGGCGGGCCCCGCGGACGUCGCCGCCCUCGGCUGCUUCUUCGCCGGCGCCGCCUGCUGCCUCGGCAUGAGCGCCGCGUACCACACGCUCUCCAACCACAGCGAGCGCGUCGCGCGGUGGGGAAACAAGCUCGACUACAGCGGCAUUGUCGCGCUGAUUGUCGGGAGCUACGUGCCGGCGCUGUGGUAUGGGUUCUGUGGGUGGGAAUGGGCGCUGAAGGGGUAUUUGGGCGCGAUUGUGCUUCUGGGCGUGGGAUGCCUGGUGGUUUCGUGGUUCGACCACUUCCGCACGCCCGCCUGGCGGCCGUACCGGGCGCUGAUGUUUGUCGGGUUGGGUCUGUCCGGGGUCGUGCCCAUUCUGCAUGCCCUCUCCGUCUAUGGGUACCGCGAGCUGGACCAGCGGAUGGGCCUCAGCUGGGUCAUUCUCCAAGGUGCCUUAUACAUCUUCGGCGCCUUCUUGUAUGCGGUCCGCUGGCCGGAAUGCAAGUAUCCAGGCACUUUCGACAUCUGGGGAAGUUCGCACCAGCUGUUCCACGUCUUUGUGUUACUCGCCGCGACAUCGCACUUGUACGGCAUGGCCAAGGCGUUUGACUUCCAUCACAGCGUUCUGGGUGCGCAGUGUUAA